AUGAGUAGAAGAUCUAAACGUGAUACGAAGGUAGAAACACCUUCAGAUAAUGAGUCAAUUGAUUUAUUCCCAUUCACUACUGAAGAUUGUAUGGAACCACUGAAAAUUAUUGAUCUAUUUGAAGUUUGCUUUAAACAUGUUUUAGAUAGUCCUGAUUUACAAGAUCAUAUUCAAGUAGUUAAAGGAGAUUUAUACAAUAGGGAUUAUCUUUCUGCAUUUGAUAAUGAUGAUAAGAGAUUUGCAUAUGCUUCAAGAUGGACACCAGCUAGAGCGUUAGCUUAUACUUCUUUAUUUGCAUCAUUGGAACCAGUUAAAGAAUUACUAGAAGAUCCAGAAUCUACCAAGAAUGUGCUAUGUGUUGGCGGUGGUGCUUCUUCAGAAUUGGUUGGAUUAGGUGCUGUAUUUUGUCGUUUAAAAGAAUAUAAUUCAGGAUCUCCUUCUACUUUGAACAUAAAUUUAAUCGAUAUUGCUGAUUGGUCCAAAGUGGUGAAUAAUUUAACUGCUUAUAUGAAGAACAAUUGGGUUUAUCAUUCAGAUAAAAUCAAUGCUAAUUUUAUAUGUGAUGACAUCUUAACAGCUUCUCCACAAGUAUUAAAUUUGGAAUCAUUAGAUAUGGUAACUUUGUUAUUCACUACAAAUGAAUUAUUUGCUGAAAAGAGAAAAGAAACCAUCAAGUUUUUACAAUUGCUCAAUACUAAAUGUCGUAGAGGAAGUUUAUUAUUAAUUGCUGAAAGUGCUGGAUCAUAUUCACAUAUUACUAUUGGUGAGAGAAGAUUCCCAGUUCAAUUUUUAAUUGAUACAAUCCUUGUUGGUAAACCAAGUGAGAAUAAUGGAGCUUGGGAAAUUGUUAGUCAAAGUGAAAGUUCAUGGUAUAGAAUCAAUACCAAAGAGGUCGAUUAUCCAAUGAAGUUAGAAAAUAUGAGAUUCUUUUAUAGACUAUAUUGCAAGAAAUAG